CGGGGCUUGAGGGUUGAUCCGGAAGAAUUUUUUUUACAAGCUCUUAACAACUGACGAUAUGUACAAAAGGUUGGUUGUUUUAAAACGGAUUUGGUAAGAAGUGGAAAAUGACCUUGUUCAGACAAGCCCUACGCUCCACUUCACGGCUGCCGUUUAUUUGCGGGAGGUGCAGGACAUAUUCAGCUCAAGCUGGAGCUCUGGAGCAGGUCGUUUCAGCUUUUCGCUGUGUUAGUGGAGAUGAAGGCGUGUCUGUGGCCUCAGCGGUCAGAGAACAGCAUGGCAGGGAUGAGUCUGUGCACAGAUGCAGACCACCAGAUGUGGUGGUGUUUCCUCGGUCUGUUGAGGAGGUCAGUGCUCUUGCCAAAAUUUGUCACCACCACCAACUACCCAUAAUCCCAUUUGGCACAGGGACAGGCCUGGAGGGAGGUGUUGGUGCUCUGAAGGGUGGAGUGUGUUUCAGUCUGAGGAAGAUGGAACAGGUCCUUGAUCUUCACCAAGAGGAUUUUGACGUGACGGUGGAGCCAGGUGUGACGCGCAAAGGCCUGAACUCAUACCUGCGUGAUACUGGCCUCUGGUUUCCUGUCGAUCCAGGUGCCGACGCAUCUCUCUGUGGAAUGGCUGCAACUAGCGCUUCGGGCACCAAUGCAGUCCGUUAUGGCACUAUGCGCGAGAACGUCCUGAACCUGGAGGUGGUUCUAGCAGAUGGAACAGUCCUCCACACAGCAGGGAAGGGGCGUCGUCCAAGAAAAACAUCUGCCGGUUACAACCUGACAAACCUUUUUGUGGGCUCAGAGGGAACUUUGGGCAUUAUCACCAAAGCCACGCUUCGGUUGUAUGGUAUUCCUGAAAGUAUGGUGUCAGCUGUCUGCUCCUUUCCAUCCGUCCAAUCAGCGGUGGACAGCACAGUUCAGAUCCUGCAAGCUGGAGUGCCCAUCGCCCGCAUUGAGUUUUUGGACGACGUGAUGAUAAAUGCAUGCAAUCGCUUCAACAACCUGUCCUAUGCGGUCACUCCCACCCUCUUUCUGGAGUUCCACGGGAGCUCCCAAAGCAUGCAGGAGCAGGUGUCCAUCACAGAGGAGAUCACGCGGGACAACGGAGGCUCAGACUUUGCCUGGGCAGAAGAUGAGGAGACCCGUGGCCGGCUGUGGAAAGCCCGUCAUGAUGCAUGGUACGCUGCCCUGGCCCUGAGGCCUGGAUGUAAGGCAUAUUCUACGGAUGUCUGUGUGCCAAUAUCACGACUGCCUCAGAUUAUAGUGGAGACAAAGGAAGAUCUAAUCAGAAACAAUAUUACCGGUCCUAUUGCAGGUCAUGUGGGCGAUGGAAACUUCCAUUGUUUAAUAGUACUGGAUCCCAAUGACCCAGACGAGGUGCAAAGGGUUCACUCCUUCACUGAGAGACUAGCCAGGAGGGCACUGGCGAUGGAUGGAACUUGUACUGGUGAACACGGGAUUGGUCUAGGAAAGCGGGCUUUGCUCAGAGAAGAGGUCGGGUCAUUGGCCAUGGAGGUCAUGCUGGGCAUCAAAGCCAGUAUGGACCCCAAAAACCUCAUGAAUCCUGGAAAGGUGUUAUAAUUCAUCGCAAACCAACACAGAAAACUGAAGAAGAUAUUCUGUACUAGGCUUUGACCACUAGAGGUCAGGAAAAUGAGGUUUGUGUUAGAUUUAACAAUGAUAAUUAUUUAGACUAGAGUGAUUUUAAAAUCUGCACAUGCAAAAUAAAAGUUUUGUUAAAGUGCAUUUGAUUGAAAUACAUUUUAAUGUAGUAUUAUUGUUAAUAGAAAGUAUUAAUGUACAGGGCUAUAUUUUCUAAGAACCUUGAAAAUAAUUAUUCCAUCCUUUUCUUUUGCAUUGGGCAAAAGAACCACUUAAAUAUGAAUUAGAGUGAAAUCAUUUUGCCUUGGCAAACUUGUGCUUAUUUGGGCCAUUUGCCCUUCUAGAUUUCUGUGAAUGUAUUUAUUUAUAUGGAUAGAUUUGCUUCUAAAAACAGAAUCUGUGAAGCAGAACUCAAAACGAGGACUGAUAAGAUAAAUGUGAUACAGAAAAUGCAUUUUAAUAACUGAAAAUAAAUUGAAUACACCAAA